GUAGCGGGGAAGAGCUAGGCGGCUGCGCAGACGGCGCUCCUCACACAGAGCAGCCCCUGACCCGGGCGAAUGCGGGCUUGUGUUGCCGCCGCCGCCGCCGCCGCCGCCGCCGCCCGGGCCGAGUGACAAAGGAAGGAAGGCAGGAAGGAAGGAAGGAAGCCAGGAGGAGCCGGUCCCACAGCCGCUGACAGGGCUCCGGACUGGGAGCAAAGCGCGGACACUUCCUGAGCAGGCACAGAGCAGAGGCGAGGGGCGGGAGGGCGGCCGCGCUGGUGCCGUGGACGGGGGAGGGGGCCCCGAGGGACAGAAGCGGUUGCUGGGUUCCCAUGUCCCCGGCGUAUGGGGAGCAGUCGAGGAGCCGCUGCCUGGGAUCUGAAGGGAGCUGCCUCCGCCACCGCCGCCACCGCCGCCGCCAUGGCCGCUGGAUCCAGCCGCCGCCCGCAGCUGCUCCUGGCGCAAUGAGGAGAGGAGCCGCCGACACCGCCCGCCUCUGACCGACUCGCGCCGCCGCCGCCGCCCUCCAGGUCGCCGGGCCCCAGCCGUCAGCCCGCCGGAUCCCGCCGCUGCCCGAGCCGCAGCGUUUCCCGUCGCAUCUCCGAGCCACCCCCUCCCUCUCCCUCCCUCCUUCCCAUCCCCCUUCUUUUCAAGCGUGAGACUCGUGAUCCUUCCGCCGCUUCCCUUCUUCAUUGACUCGGAAAAAAAAAAAUCCCCGAGGAAAAUAUAAUAUUCAAAGUACUUAUUUUCAAUCAAGUAUUUGUCCCCGUUUCGCGUGAUAUAUAUACAUAUAUAUAUAUAUUUUUAGGAUUCCCCCCCCCCUUCCUUUUCUCCCCUCCAAGGAAAGGGAGGGGGAUGAAUUGUAUUUUUUUCCCCCUAGUCCCAAAUCAUCUAUGUUAAAUACCCAUACUGAUCUGUCUUGAAGGAGAAAUACAUCGCUCGUUUUUUUUAAUAGCUAUACAAAAGGAGUGGAAAAAAAAAAAAAAACCCAAGAGAACGAAGUCUUUUUCUUUUUCUUGUGGGAGAACUUAAUGCUGCAUUUGUCAUUAACCUAACAUCCCAACAUACAACAAAAGGAAGAAAAGGAGGAAGGAAGGAAAAGAAGGUGAUUCGGGAAGAGAGUGAUCAUGUCCGGGCGGCCCAGAACCACCUCCUUUGCGGAGAGCUGCAAGCCAGUGCAGCAGCCUUCAGCGUUUGGCAGCAUGAAAGUUAGCAGUGCAUUGGAUAAAAAGAACAAGACACGGUUUCCUGUCACUAAGUUUGCAGGAGACAAAGAUGGCAGUAAGGUGACCACAGUGGUGGCAACUCCUGGGCAGGGUCCAGACAGGCCACAAGAAGUCAGCUAUACAGACACUAAAGUGAUUGGAAAUGGGUCAUUUGGUGUGGUAUAUCAAGCCAAACUUUGUGAUUCAGGAGAAUUGGUUGCCAUCAAGAAAGUAUUGCAAGACAAGAGAUUUAAGAACCGAGAGCUCCAAAUCAUGAGAAAGCUAGAUCACUGUAACAUAGUCCGAUUGCGUUAUUUCUUCUACUCAAGUGGUGAGAAGAAAGAUGAGGUCUAUCUCAAUCUGGUGCUGGACUAUGUUCCGGAAACAGUAUACAGAGUUGCCAGACACUAUAGUCGAGCCAAACAGACGCUUCCUGUGAUCUAUGUCAAGUUGUAUAUGUAUCAGCUGUUUCGAAGUUUAGCCUAUAUUCAUUCCUUUGGAAUCUGCCAUCGGGAUAUUAAACCACAGAACCUCUUGUUGGACCCUGAUACAGCUGUAUUAAAACUCUGUGACUUUGGAAGUGCAAAGCAGCUGGUCCGAGGAGAACCCAAUGUUUCGUAUAUCUGUUCUCGGUACUAUAGGGCACCAGAGUUGAUCUUUGGAGCCACUGAUUAUACCUCUAGUAUAGAUGUAUGGUCUGCAGGCUGUGUGCUGGCUGAACUGUUGCUAGGACAACCAAUAUUUCCAGGGGACAGUGGUGUGGAUCAAUUGGUGGAAAUAAUCAAGGUUCUGGGGACACCAACAAGGGAGCAAAUUAGAGAAAUGAACCCAAACUACACAGAAUUCAAAUUUCCUCAAAUUAAGGCACAUCCUUGGACUAAGGAUUCAUCAGGAACAGGACAUUUCAACUCAGGAGUGCGGGUUUUCCGACCCCGAACUCCACCAGAGGCAAUUGCACUGUGUAGCCGUCUGUUGGAGUACACACCAACUGCCCGACUGACACCACUGGAAGCUUGUGCACAUUCAUUUUUUGAUGAAUUACGGGACCCAAAUGUCAAACUACCAAAUGGGCGAGACACCCCUGCACUCUUCAACUUCACCACUCAAGAACUGUCCAGUAAUCCACCUCUAGCUACCAUCCUUAUUCCUCCUCAUGCUCGGAUUCAAGCAGCUGCUUCAACCCCAACAAAUGCCACAGCAGCCUCAGAUGCUAAUGCUGGAGACCGUGGACAGACCAAUAACGCUGCUUCUGCAUCAGCUUCCAACUCCACCUGAACAGUCCCGAGCAGCCAGCUGCACAGGAAAAACCACCAGUUACUUGAGUGUCACUCAGCAACACUGGUCACGUUUGGAAAGAAAAUUAAAAAGAGAAAAAAACCUGUUCA